AUGGCUCCCCAUAAAGAAUCGUGUGGUACGGAUGAUGUUUGUGAGUUUGCUCCUGAGCCCGUUGUUAGGUCGUAUGAUAGCCAGGCAAAGAGGAAGUGCCGAUCCGACGUAAUCUCACAUGCCAUCAGGUGUCUAACAACAGAAAGACACACAUCUGCUUGUGUCCAACGAGGUCACGUUAGACGAGUCUGGCAGCAAUUGCAAGAGAGUGGAGAGAGCCAAGCAUACUAUAAUCCAGGAGAAAUCGAGUCCAUAGAAGCUGAGAUUUCGCAAUGGGAGAUUCUUCACGAAAGCAAGAUACAAAGCAGGAAACCUUCAGACCUUAAUGUAUGUUAUCUCGGAGGGAACAAUCCUAUCAACGAUCUUGAGGUUCUUGUGGACAGUGGCGUCCUCCCACAGAAUGUCUGGGCAGUGGAGAAUGAUACUAAAACAUUCGAGAGUGCACGGGAAGCCAUCCGUAGAUCGAGGUUUAGAAAUGUCCGAUUGUUUAAAGGUGACAUCCUUAAGUUUUUGAAAGACUAUGAGGGUAACUUUGACAUUAUUUACUUUGAUGCCUGCGGUACACUUCCGUCGGCUAACCAGAGUACUCUUAAGUUUAUCGGAUAUGUCUUUCGGUAUAAUAAGCUGACAUCUCCAGGAGCCUUGAUCACAAAUUUUUCAUUCCCCCCUAAGAGUGAACCAACAGAAUGUGACGAAGAAGCAGAACAACCCUCAAGUAUUUUACGGGAAAGCGAUCAAAUAAGAAAAUUAGUGACAGAGUAUUUAAAGUACAGGCUUGAUAAUACAUGGAUGAACAAUGGCUCUCCAGAAGGGAAUGCUGAACGUCUUGGUCAAAGGACUGACGAAGAAAACUAUGGUGAUUACAUCACCUAUCAAGUAAUUGACUCCGCUUAUUUGUAUAUCCCUGCCUUAAGAAUGCUCUCAUCCACAAGAUCAGGUCAGUCAAGCCCGUUAUGGGAUCAAAUGUUUAAAAGUAAAAAGAACUUUGAAACUGCUAGUCCUGACAGCAAAUUUUCAGUUGAAGAGCAAUCUUGUUCAGUAAGUGAAACUGCCAGUGAAGUGACUGAUGUUAACAAAUUACUCAGUGCAUCUGCAGCCAGUGAAUCAAAUGCAGGGCGUGAUUCUUCCAAUGAAGUGUUUUUAACACUGAAAGAUGCAUCCAAAGCCUCUCCUUUGUGGAAGUGUGGUUUUGCUCUGGAAGAAGAAAUGCAAAACAAUGACCUUUGCAAAGCCUGGGUUACCGAGAUUUUACCAGACUGGCAAUCAACAUCCAACUUGAAAACUGAGAAACUCCCACUUUUGCUUUUGACUCAUCUUCUCUCUCAUUUUGAUUUUUUUAUCUCUACAUUUACUAAUGACAACUUUCAAGAGAAAUGCAUUGAAUCUCUGUAUGAUGCCCUUCAUUCUGACAAUGAUCAUAUAUCUUCCAGAUUUUGCAAUCAUAAAGUGGUAUUUCCCAAAUUUUACAAUGUAGUAGAUCUAAGUAAUACAAGAAGUUUGGUUGCUGGCCUACUGUAUGGCCAGAUGGCCUACCCAUCAUUUCCUGUAGUGGAUAAGAUGCUACGACUUUGCUACACUGGAAAUACAGAAGAAGGCAGACUUAGAAGGCAGAUGUUCACUGAUGUUUUCAUUUUUGACCAGUGUCGGUAUGUUUAUCAGCAAUUUCCCUCCAUUGAUUGUGCUUGCUUUGCCAUUACAGAACCAGAACAGCAAAUGGUGUUCAGAAUGGUUGUGGAUGGCUUAAGAAAGCACUUGGAAGACAUUUGCUUUAAAGAUGUCUUUCCAUCUUGUCAUGUUGCUAGUAUAGAUCCCAUACCAACGGGAGAGAUUGGUUUCCCUAAUAGUAGGCCUAAGAUUCCCAAAAGGAAAGAGGUGAACUAA